AGCAACGUGCUUCUCUACUUCGUCGCAAUCUUUCUGCCCUUCCUGCCCGUGCUGCUGCGACGCGGCUGCGGCGCCGACCUACUCAUCAACAUCUGCCUCGACAUCCUGGCCUGGAUUCCCGGCGUCAUCCACAGCUGGUGGAUUAUUAGCCAG